GGAUAAUAACCAGGAAUCUGAGCGUCGAGGUCACACUAGUUCUCUUCUCUCUCAUCUUCCUCUAGUUCCGGCGAAUAAGAAGCCCUUUUCGGAUUUCCAUUUCGUUGACAAACGAUCUCUCCGCCGUGUGGAAGAAAAACGAUGUCGAUGGGAAAGGCAUUCUACAGCGUAGGGUUCUGGAUCCGUGAAACUGGUCAAGCACUCGAUCGGCUCGGUUGUCGCCUCCAAGGCAAAAAUCACUUCCGUGAACAACUAUCCAGGCACCGUACGCUUAUGAAUGUUUUUGACAAAUCCCCUGCUGUCGAUAACCAGGCUUUCGUUGCUCCCAGCGCCUCUCUCAUUGGCAGUGUCCACGUCGGACGAGGUUCUUCCAUUUGGUAUGGAUGCGUCUUGAGAGGAGAUGCGAACAGCAUCAGCGUCGGCGCUGGGACCAAUAUCCAAGAUAACACCCUCGUCCACGUUGCUAAGUCCAACUUAAGCGGCAAGGUUUUGCGUACUCUCAUCGGAGACAAUGUCACUGUUGGUAACAGUGCUGUUUUGCAUGGCUGCACUGUCGAAGACGAGGCCUACAUUGGUGCUAGUGCUACCGUCUUGGAUGGAGCUCAUGUUGAAAAGCAUGCCGUGGUUGAGUCAGGAGCUCUUGUCAGGCAGAACACUAGAAUUCCCUCCGGCGAGGUUUGGGGAGGGAAUCCAGCUAGGUUUCUGAGGAAGGUGACUGAAGAAGAAAAGGCCUUCUUCUCUAGUUCGGCUGUGGAUUACUCCAGCUUAGCUCAAGUUCAUGCCGCGGAAAACACAAAGAACUUGGACGAGGCUGAUUUCAAGAAGCUUCUUUACAAGAAGAAGGCUCGCGAUGCAGAAUACGACUCAGUUCUCGGUGAUCUCAGUCUCUCUGAGAAUGUACCAAAAUCAGCUUGAGAAGUUUUGAUUCGUGUUGGAUUUGAAAGAAACAAAACACACACAAGAACUUCAUUUUCAUGCUUCUUCAAUAAAGUUUUCAGCUUUUUUAAAGACUUUCGAUUUCUCUGUAAAACAUUCUCUGAGGAGGUUUUGUUCUCUUGUAAGGAAAAAGGUUGUGGCGACAAGGUUGUGUAAUAAGUGGUCGGAACAUACAUUUCUCACUUUUGAGAUAGAAUGACCUUUUUGCUUUGACA